AUGAAAUGCAAAUGCGUUACCAAGUGCCAAUUCUUCAAGCAAUUACCACAACUACUAUCUGAAAUCUCAUUUCCAACCAAAAAUCACGAGAUAAAACUGUUACCAGGCUCAGAUUGCAACUCAGAAAUAUAUAUUCGAUCAAAACUCGUUUUAAAUGGCUUCGGUAUGACAUCAAACCACACAUACAUUAAAACAAUAAACAUAAUGGACACAGAAGUUAACUUCCAAGAUGUUAACUUCUCGGGUCAUAUUGUUAUUUCCCCUGGGUCUAGGUUUAAAGCUACUAACUGUAUCUUCAAUUGUUCACAGGAUAACCAGGACUCUAUUAUCGAAAUAUCGCCUCAAACUACUUGUGAAUUUACUAAUUGUCAGUUUUCUGGAGGAAAACAGGCAUCGAUUACCUCUAAUGGCCCUAAUAGUAUAUUAUUUAACAAUUGCUCGUUCUUGCAGGCCCCAGUUACAUCACUUGUUCUCUCAAAUGAAACAAAUAUUAAAUUAUUUAACUGCAAGUUCCAGGGAGCUCAGAAAUAUGCCGUCCUCCAAACCAAGAAGACCAACUCCACAUUCAUUUCCUGUGAUUUCUCUGACAUGAAAGGAAAAGCGAUUGGUUGCUGCACAGAAUCGAUUCUGAAUAUAUCGGACUGCAAAUUCAGCAACUGCGAGAACGGUGCUAUAUGUUCCGCCAACCUUUCUAUCAUAAAAAUCACAAAAUCUGAAUUCAAAAAUAUUUCUCCAGUGGCAGUUAACAUUUCUAAGGGUUCCAAUGGAUACAUUGAAGGAUGUACAUUCGAUUCAUGCUUACGAUCCUUAGUUUGUCAAAAGAGUUACGUAGAUGUGAAUCAUUCCGAUUUUAUUAAGAGUAUCCUCCUAUUAAUUGGUAAGUACUGCCCAUUACUUAUCACGAACAGCAAGUUUAGCGACUUGGAUAUUGUUAUUUCUGAUUAUUCAAAUCCGAUAUUCAGAGAUAACACGACAGACAAGGUUCUGGUGAGAACAGGAGACUAUGCUAAGCCUCUGUUUAUUAAUACUCCAUUUAAUGAGCUUGUUUCUUCGAAUUGUUCCCAAGUUAUUUUGAAUAAUUCGCCAAGAAAGGCAAACAAGCAAGUUUUAGGAUCAGAAAUCAUCGAAGUAGAGAAAAUACCUUUCGAAUUACAGAGAUCGAAUGGAAUUUUCUCUUAUUCCGAAAAUGAUUAUCAAGUUCCAGAGAAAGACCUCGAAUUUACGCCUGAAGAAGGACACAAAGACAUGCCACUCUUAUUUAUUCCAUGUGGACACCUUUGCAAAGAGGAAUGCUCCAGUUGCCCUGUUUGUGGAAUCUCAGGAAAAACAACAAAGAGAUACAAGACAGACAACUGCGUGAUUUGCAUGGAUGCAGAGCCAGAUUUGGUGUAUAUGCCCUGUGGACACCAGUGCUGCUGCCACGAGUGCAUGUCUUCUUGCGACGACUGCAAGAAAUGUCCAAUCUGUGGAGUUCCUGUCUGUUCUGUCAAGAAAAUGUUCAUGUAG